AUGAAAAUGCAAAUUCGAAGUGUUUGGAGUUUACCCGUCGGAAGCAGAACAACCGAUGGAAGCGGAAGAAGCGCGAAGAAGAAGAAGAAAGCGGAUACGAAAUCGUCGUCGUCGUCGCCGUCUUUAUCGUCGAAGAAGAACGAGUUCGUGCCUUCGUUUCGAGAAGCGAUGAAAGUCAAGGUGAAAAUAAUCGAUAUUGAUAUUCUCAAGCGGUUCACCGGAGAACGACGAGAAGAAGAAAGGAAGAAGAAGAAGAAGGAGAAGAAAGAGACGAAGAAGAAGAAUACGACGACGAAUACGAAGCAGAAGGAUGCGAAAGCAGUCAUAUCCGUAUCUUCUUCUCGCGAUCAAUCACCACCACCAACUCCCUCUUCUAUUUGGCUUUCGUAUUGCGCGUUCGGCGCGACGGUGGUCACCACAGUCGCCGCGGGAGCGUUCUUCUCCACAUUCGCAAAGAAAAGAGGAGAAAGGGGUAAACGAGAAGAGAACGGCGAUGAUGCAUCUCUCCAACCGAUCACGUUUGCAUUCGAUACCCCGCAAACCGCGGCGGUUAGAAAUAAAUCGCCAAGACCUCCUAGACGGAGCGAAGACCAGCACCAGCGGGAACAACAAGAAAUUUUACGACGGAGAGAAGAGGAAGAAGUCAACCCGUUUUUGAAACAGAUGGAAGAUUCAAACGUCGCGUUCUCUUCUCAGCAGAUUAAAAGUAACAUCAUUCCGCGACCAUCAUCAUCACCUCCACCUCAGCGGUUGUUCGAAACUGAACCGUCGUCUGGGAAAUCAUCAUCACCCCGUCCUUCUUCUUCGACAGGCUAUGUGGUGCCUAAACAAGUCGAAGCGAUGCAAACGAGAGAAACAUCUUCGACAGCGGCUGCAGUUUUUGAUGGAAAAAAAGUGGACGAAUUAAAGAAAGAGUUCAAUCAGUGGGCGUUAAGUUACGACGAUGAGUUACACCCGUGGGAUCGAGCGUUAGACAACAAGAGGUACGAUGCGAUUGCUACACCGUUAUCAUCAUCAUCCACUGUAGAGGAAGAAAGCACCAAUAAUAGUAGCAGUAGCAGUAGCAGUGAUGCACUGAACCCCGAAUCGGAGAAACGAGAAAAGGAAACGAAAGUCAGAGAAGUUGCGCGACGACGUCGAAAUAGCUACUUCGCCGCCAUAUCUUCAAAACGGUACGCGCCGACGACGAUAGAACAACUCGCUCUCGAAGAGAAAGUUAGAGAACGCUUAGCAUCAAGCACCCCUGUAUUUGAUACUGAGGGUACAUUUUUUGCAAAAGAAAGUAAAAAAGAAGCGAUGGCGUUGUACGGUACCGCCUUGGGAAAGCUCUUUUACGAGAAGUCUCCAACCACAAUUGUUGGCGAAGGUACAUUUUCGGACGUAUUUUCAGCACAGAAAGAUGCCGCAAGCAAUUUAUCAUCGCUCACGUUGAGUAAAACGGACUUCUUUACGCAGGGUGAAUCUGUUUUGAAGUGUUCUGCGCCUUUUCCGGGCCGAGACGCUUUCGAUGCUCCUCAAGGAGACGGGUACGGGUUUGGGAAAGUCGAAACGGCCGUGUUAGCUACGCUACCGAAACAUCCAGCGAUUGUUGAAGUUAUUGCGGCCUUUCUCGAAUCCGAUAGGAACGAAUCGUACUUGUUGUUGAAAGAUCACGGAGAAAAUGCGCAUGAGGCGAGAAAAUUAGGACGAUUGACGCCGAGAGAGUGCCGCGCGAUGGCCCGUCGUAUUUUGCACGCGUUGAAACAUUGUCACGAACGUAACGUAAUUCAUCGCGACAUCAAGUCUGGCAACAUUCUCAUCAGAGGUAGAGAAGGCGCAGAGGAUUUCAAUCGAAAAGCAACCAUCAUAGAUUUCGGUGUCGCGCAUUCACAAACGGCGUGUGAGUUGUACUUUUCGGAAAUCGUUCCCACAACGAACGAAGAAGAGGACGGGGGUUCAUUUCAAAGCGGCGGGAAAAAAAAUAUGGUCUGUUCUAUCGAGUACGAUCCAAGCAGCGGAACGCCUGGGUAUCAAGCUCCAGAAGUUUUGCUCGGGAAAUACGAAUUACCUGCGACCUCGUCCGAAGGCGAAAGAAUCAACGACAACGACGGCGAACAGGUAUCGAUGGAAACGUAUGCGAAAAUUGACAUCUUUGCAUUUGCCAUUGCGAUGUACUUUCUGUGCACGGGAAAAGAAAUCUUCGCGGACUCUUUAGAUGCCGGAGAGAACAUGACGACAAAAUCGAAGCAGAAAGCGAUGGCGAUGUCCGAAACCGAAUUAAAUCGCUUGAACCAAACCGAGCUCGAACUCGAUGCGAAAAUUCUCACACAGAUGCUCACUUAUCCUGACUUUCGUCUCGCGCCUUCGCAAGAAAAAAAUAUGCGAGAACGCUACGGCGACUUGGUGAAGAAUCAAAACGAAAUCAUCCAAUCGACGACGCUUACGGAGAAGAUCAUCGAAGAUUUAUCUGGUCGUCAACCCGUGGCGUUUUGUAAACUCAUCGCGAAGUGUUUAAGCGUCGAUCCGAGUAAAAGACCGAGUGCGGUCGAAGCGCUCGCUUGGGAGAAUGCCUUUGUCGGCACCGAUGAAGACGAAGACAUUUUGGCAUAUGAAAAAGCGUCGACCCCGACGAUGACGAGAUGA